AUGGCUACACCGCACCUAGGUCGGACUCCGACACCAUUCUCUGGAAGCCAGACAUCAUCUCGAGGACAGUCUGUGGGUCCGGUGACGCAGCACAGCGGGACGGAUGGCUAUAAUCAGCCCCAGAACUACAGCAACCAGCCGUUCUAUUCAAUGCAUCAGCGUCAAAUGGGACAUCAUAGCGGCACACCUCAUAACAAUCUUGAUACCCCCAUAGAUUACUUGUCCUUGAAUUCAACUGUAGCCCAUCUUGUAUCUGAAGUGCAAAACCUGAAGGAUGUCACUCAGAACCUGCUGUUUUCCAAUAACAAGCUUCGACAAUUGAACGACUCACUGAAGGCACACAUUCAGGUAUACGAAGAAGCCAUCGAGGAGUUCUUGAAGACCAACAGAAACAAGAAAAAAGUCGGCGAUAGAAAUGUAUCAAACUCACAUGCAGCCUUGAAACCAAUAAUCCACCCUUACUUUUUCGAACUCUGUAAUAUUGAUCCAUGCCUCAGCAAAUCUGAGUGCAUAAAGCUGUUGGGAGCUGUCAAACCUUUGGGCAAUGGAGAACCUCACGAGACGGUAUCAACCAAGAUAAUAUGGCACCCGAACUGGCUUGGUAACGUUGAUGACAAUGUCAACGCGCUGUACAUCAAGGAGAUAGUUAACCUGGUAUGGGAAAAUGAGAAGGUGUGCCGCGAGAAUCCUAACGCCAAGCAUGAGAUCACUGAUGAAGACUACAUCCACGCUAUCAUCACUGAGUGCAUGAAGACGUACUUUCGAAACAUUCACAAGCAAGCAAGUGACCAGGUCAACGAUGAUAAGGUGGCCAAAGCUCUGGAACGAAAAGAUAGACUGCGACAGCAUUCGCGUUGUCAAGCAGUCACAAAAUCAUGCCGUCAAGCUGCAUCGGCCUAUGAGACUCAAUCAGGGAACAAAGGGGCUGUUGCGAUGAUAGAUACUGACUUUGCCUCCGACAUCCUUUCCUAUGAUUCCAAGGAGGACCUUUCAGCGGAUACGCUAUCCAGGUGGGAGAGAGCGAAGCUUGCGAAGUUGGCGUUUUAUGUUGAAGGUUCAAAUGGUUAUGUGGCCUUCCUGCGCUGGUUGUCUUUGCGCAAUAUGCAGAAGAACGAGGAGCACAACGAGCCUGAUAUGGACGCAGCAAAUGACACCGCUCGACCACCGGCUACCAAGCAUCACAGAACGAACAACACGCAGAAGCACCGCAAGAAGGUCUUUGACCUAGUGCCAGCAAAGAUGAACAACAACAAGCCAAAGUCGCACAAGAAAAAUGUACCCUUCAAAUCUAUGGUAUCUGCAGUCUGGGCUCGUGACCACGCUGAUGAUAAAUUCCUUGAUGGUACUGAAUGGCUGAUGGGCUUUUACGAGAAAAUGGCCCAGGGUGUGUUGAUAAAGGAGGACGAGGAAUACUUGCAAGAACUUCAGAGGUGGCAUGAGAAAGAGAUGGAUGGAGAGAUGGACUGCUGA